CAGAUAUAUAGAUAGAUCAUAGAAGAGAUAUCUCUCGUGUAUCAGAGAAAAGGAGUAGACCCCCCCCCCCCCAAUAUUUCUCUUCUCAUUAUACUUGGUUUGCUUGGAGAGGAAUGACUACACCCUUACCCAUUACAGCAGCAGUAGUUACACCCAUCGCUUCUUCUUUAUCAUCAUCAUCAUCAUCAUCAUCCCUCCCCUCUUCCAUAGACGCUAAUAGAACAGGAAAUGUCUCGAUGAAGUCAUCUCUUUCGUUUGCAGUUACGUUCUCUUUUUCACCUUGUGUUACUGUUCCCCACCUCAACCUCCAAAGAAGAAUAAGAACGAGGAUGAUUUCUUGCGAGGUCGCCCUCAAAUCAGAUUCCACGGCCUCUUCCUCCUCCUCCGUUGACAAAGACGAUUCCUCAUCAGCAUCAUCAGCGCUACCCGAGGAGGCCAAGAAGAUCGGAGCCAGGGUUAGGGUUAAGGUGCCUUUGAAGGUGUACCAUGUUCCCAGGGUGCCGGAGGUGGAUCUGACUGGUAUGGAAGGCGAGCUUAAGCAGUACGUUGGGCUCUGGAAGGGGAAGAGAAUCUCCGCCAAUUUUCCUUUCAAGGUCGAGUUCCGUACUGAAAUCGAAGGCCGCGGCCCCGUCAAGUUCUUUGCCCAUCUCAAGGAGGACGAGUUCGAAUAUCUCUGAAGAGAAAGUCUAGUCGGGUCAAUUGUUGCACCCUUCUAUGGCUGAGGGCUGCUCGUGUUGGCAAUAAUCUGCCCAAUCCUUCAUUGCACAAUAUGACUAUUUUGGUGAAGCUCAUCAAACUUUUGACUGCCCUAUAGGGAUUGUCAUUUCUUGGUGAUCCAAUGAGAUGCAAGCUUAUGGCGUCAUUAGAUCAUUUAUAGAUAUGGUCUAAUGGUUUGCCUUUGAUAUUAUGAAUAUGUAGUGCCAUAGUGGCACCGAUGUGCUUGAAUCCUCCUCUUUCCUUGCUGAGGGAAAAGGGAAAAAAGAAAAUGGUUUUUUGUUCGUAAUGUUGCCUUAAAGUCAAAACAUGUUGCCAAGUUUAAUUUUCUCCGA